AUGGGCGUUUUCCACUUCCGCUCUCCAACCAGGGGAAUUUCUGAGGUUCAGCCCAUACCAAGUAAGGCCACUCUGGACAAGAAAGCCGAGAGACAUAUUGCUGAGAGUUUUGCGCUCCAGUUAUUGGCCGUCGGGGAUAUUGUAGCUGAGGAGGUUGUAUUAGGGGAAAUUGAGGAUGAGAGAUAUGUUCUCGAACUAGCUGCUGCUAGGCAAGUUGCCGCUGGAGGCGCUGCAGCUCGAGACGUCGCAGCCGUGGACGUUGCCACUGGACAAUUCGUUGCCGGGAACGUUGCUACGGAGGGGUUGCUGCUGCGUAGCUUGUUGGGCAACUUGCAGUGA